CUUUCAUGCCGCCCCAACCAGCCCUCCUGCCCCCGCUCGCCCAACUUCUCCCCACUCACUCUUGGUGGCGGCGAUGAGGCUUUUGCCAUCCUUGAGCAGCUCCUUGAUGAACUUGUUGGUUUUCUCCAGCUCGGCUUCGUGGGCUCGGAUCCUCUCGCGGAACCAGGGGCUGUCCAGGUAGCAGUCGCUGAACUCCAAGGGCUGCAGCCCCAUGGCGGCGGCGGCGGCGGCGGCGGCACCCGGGCACCACUCCUCCUCCUCCUCGCAAAUCCCUCUUGGCUAAGCACCACCAGCAAGCCGAGCCCCGCUCGUCUCUUUCUGCUCUCCGCGCAGCGCCUCCUCAGCAGGGCGAAGCAGCAGCAGGCGGCGGCGCGGCGCGGCAGAGCCUCUCCCGGCGCAGCAUGGGACCCGCGCGGCUCCGGCAAAACGCGCCCCUGGAAAGAGCCAAGCGACGCGGGGAGGGGAAGGAGGAGUCGAGCGCCCGGGACUAGGAUACGGCGCGACCGGGUUUGCCAACGUAGCAGCUGCCUGAGGGGGGGAAGCAGCUUCUCGCCGCGGCCCGGUUGCGGCGGGAAAAAGAAAAACAAGCAGCUCCUUUCGGCAUCCCAGCCCGCUUGGGCGAAAGAGGCGGCUCCGCCCCAGCGUGGCCUCGGCGCCGCCUUUUCCACAGCUCUGAGCUCCCACCCAGCGCCGGCCUUCUUCUUCUUCUCCUCCUCCUCCUCCGCCUUCCUUUCUGCCCGCUCGGGCUCCUUCCAGCGCCGGCCGUUUGCCUGUCGGCUCCUCCCCUCGCAGCUGCCCAGGGUCUUGCUUCUCUCACGCUCCUUUGCAGGCCCCACUCGAAGCAGGGGCGGCUUCUCUCCUCAAGCCAGAAACUCGCGCCUCACAACCAGCACGUUGUUUACUUUUGCCCUGUCCUGUGGAUGCAUUCAAAUCUACCCGUAUCCUCUCAUUAAAACCAUCCCUUUACUUAGUGGGGCGUUUUUAACCUUCGUUUCAGUAAAAGAUUACCCAGAGCAGGAAACAGCUUAUAAUUUCUUAUUGGUGAGGGUUCCGCCCACCCUUUCCUGUUUUAGCGCCUUUAUAUUCUGCUCCCAAAGGUUACCUUAAAGGUCCCUUUCCGCUCUUAACAAUUUUUGAGAAUUUGUUUCCAGUUGGGUGUUUGAAAUUUGUGGCUUCCAGUGAAGAGACAAAUAUGGGACUUGGGUCCACGAUUCUGCCACUAGCAGCCAGCUCCAAGGUGUUGGUGAAACUGAAACUAACCACAAUAAGAUACUGUACUCUGCCAUAUCAAUAUUGCCUUAAAUAAUGUGUCUAGUUAAGGGUGUGGUUCUUGGCCAUAAUUGCUCGGAUUAUUUUUGUUAAAUGGAUAAAAGGCAUGUUGCAAGUCGGGCUUGCCUUAACUGAGCCAAGCUCCCUGAUGGAUGGGAGAUAGUUCCAUGGUUUUGGAACUAAAAAAAAAAAAAAGUGUCUUGUUGCACCUUAAAGAUUUUCAGAUUUGUUUGUAGUAUCAGCUUUCAUUGAUGAGAGCCCAUUUCAUCAGAAAAAGCCUAGUCUUGCAGUAAACUCUUGCUGCUAGUUCUCAAUGGAUAGACAGCACACAUGCAGGACUAGGUGCCCCUCAUUUAUCCUGAACCCAGGCCACAGAUUCAUUUAAAGUAUCAACACUUCCUAGGAACAAGCUUAUCAAAAAUCUACCUUCUUGUUUUCCCCAGCUAAAAGUUGCACAACUUUUCGUUCUGUUUGGGAAAUGGUUUGAGCUGUUCACUAUCUUGCAUUUUGUGAAAUAGGGCUGAGCUAGUAUGUUUCCAUUAACUGUCCACUUUUCUCUCCUCUCCUUUUUUGGCUCCCUGCCAGAAGAAAAAAAGAUGUGCUUCAUGGAAAAGCCCUAUCUGGGGCUUGCAAACAUUUUGUAAAGCGCUGCAUCCAUUCCAUCUAAAAUCUGUCACAAAUUGCUUUUCUAAUCACACCCACUAACGUCCUUUCUCGCUCCCUUUUUGUUAGCAUCCAGCCUAAAAAGUUCUGCUGGACUUAUAAAUUCGUUUCCUUCAUGAAAUUUUAGGUGGACCUAAUAAAACUAUAGCGCUGUUGUUUCUUUCGCCCCCACCCCCCCGCUUCCUUCCUAUUGUUUUGUUUUUGUUGUUUAAGCAAUUCAUGAAGUUGAAGUACUGUACAGCAGCCUCUUCGCCUCCUUUCUGCUCAUGCGCAAACCGUAUUGUAAGGCGGCGGUGUAUUUUGCGCACGCGUAAAAUACUACUACUCGUUUGCACAAUCUCUGCAGAGAGGUUUCCAGGUCAGCAGACGGCUCUGGAAACUCGUCGCUGUCGGUGCUAAUCCGGUGUGCGCCGCGGAGCCCUGAUCCCGUUUACUUUUCUCGCGAUACUUCCUUCGCCCUACUCUAAGAUGGCGUCCCUAGGCUUCUGCUGGACCGUGUGAGAGUUUGCCUGGAGUUUUCCGGGCUGGUAGCCCCAGACCGCCCGGAUGAAUUGCCGAGGUGACCAACUCGCCAUUCUUUCUGGCUGUCUGUCCCUGUUUGUCUCGGCCUCCCCCGGUUCGCUUUGCACGCCCUGCGAACAAGCUCAACGGCGUCUCUUCCCACGCCGCAUCCAUCCCGACGUUCUGCCAAGUGCGCAUCUCCGCCUGCCCUGGGCCCUCAUUAUUGUUCUGAGCAAUUGGGAAGCUGGGCGAUGAAUAAAAUAGGUCCAAAAACCUUUUAACAUCGAAAUGUCUUGUGUUUUUAGAGGAAAUGCCUGGUUUGCUUGCCUGGAUGGCGUGCAGCAGUGGUUACCAUACGGCGUGAUCCACUCAUGUUUACUCAGAAGUAAAUCCCACUCAUUCCAAUUGGACUUAAUCCCAAGUAAGUGUGCCUGUUAAUGUAAAGCAAGAUUGCAGUUGCUUUUUGUUGGAUAGUUUUUGCUGGCUCCUUCCUGCACUAGUUCCAUUACAGCUUUGAUUCGCCCCCACUCCCCUUUGUCCUCACUCCACAGCCAAUAGAAAUAUAUCCCCCUAUAUCUGUCCCUUUGUCUGGAAGGAAUAGAUUCACCAACCUCUCACAUAUUAAUGCCAUAUUUUGUUAAAGACAAGCUGCAUGUGUACAAUUGUUUAUGCCUGCCCAUUUCCCUUCACUGUUACCAUGAUCUGUUUGGUUUACACUAAUCAGUUAAAAUAUUACUGUUACUGCCUUCAUACUCCUUUAGUGUUUUUUUAAGCUGAGUGAAAUUCCUCCAGCAUAUGUUAAUAUUCACCUCUGUUCUUAGAAUGAAUUUAUCAGUCACAUGGGCAUCUGCAUUACAAAAUGUUUUAAUAACACAUGAUAUAUAAAAUUCUCAUUAGCAAACUACUAUGACCAGUAAUAGUCACUAGGGCACAGAAUAAAUGAGCCUUGCCUGAUCAUGACUCAUUAUAAAGAUGUUAUCCAGGCCCCUUGAUAAUGUGUGUAUUUUGGAAUCGCACAACAUUCAAUUAUCUAUAAUGUUGUUUUAAAGUGCAGCUUCCCAUGUUUUGCUUCCAACAGGAUCACAAGGAACAGAACUUAAAAAAACCCAAAAACAUUAACCAUGUGGUACUGAACACUAUUCCUAGCUUUAACUGACAGAUCAGGAUCUGCAAUUUUGUCAUGGUCUGGCAUAGCAUGGGUCUCAUCAUUCAUAUAUAUAUAUAUAUAUGGUAUAUAUAUAUGGUAAAAAAAUAUACAUUAAGGAAUGGGUCCCAUAAUUUAUCUUUGGGCUAAAGGUGGGUUCCAGGUUAGAAAAGAGUGAAGAUCAAUGUCCUAAUCUGCAGUUUGUGUUGCACUCACAACAACAAUCACACGGUGUCCUCUACUCCCACACUUGGGAACCAGCAUGCAUCCAAUUUGCAAAAAGCUGCAAAUGAAUCUAUAGGUGUUGCAUUCAUAAGCGUUUUGCUGGAACUCUAACAUGAAAAAUAGUAAGUGCAUUGGCAAGAAAUGUCUCUUGAGUAUGUUACAGCACUUUCACUUUUGUAGCAAUUGGGCUAUAAUGAGUGCAAAAAUGUUGAUACAAACAUUUUGUUUGCAACUUUUUGUAACACUGCAAUAAAUGUUUUUGUUUUGGCAGUUCAGAAUGCCUAACUCUAAAAGGAGAUCUCGGCAUAGGCGCAAUGUUGGUCAGGAAGCUGGGAGGCGUGAAUUAGUGUCUAGAUCCUUGCAAAGUGCUCAACACUGUCUGGAAAAUCAGGACUUCGGAACUGCAUAUGCCCACUAUCUCUUGGUAUUGAAUCUAGCUCCUGAGCUUAAAAAUGAUGUCAAGGUAAGCAGUUGUUCAUUGUUCAGUCAUUCUCUCUGACAAAUAGGCUUAUUUGUGUACAAGUUUAGAGACAGAAAAUAACAUGCAAAUAGGCCAUUGCAUGCCAUAUAUCUAUUUACCAAUAAAAACAUUUUAUUAGCGUGGAUAAAUUAUUUUUUGCGACUAAACUAUCACUUUCCUUUAGGAAACAUUUCAGUAUACCCUUUGUAAAUGGGCAGAAGAGCUGAAUUCUCUCACACGAUUUCAAGAUUUAUUUGAUUGCUAUGAGCAUGCCCUGGAAUUAUUUCCUAAUGAUGAAGUUAUAUGUAACAGCAUGGGGGAACAUCUUUUCAGGUUUGUAGUUGCCCUUGGUUGUGUUGUAUUUUGACUAAGAAUUCUAGCAUAGUGCUUCUUAAAUUUCCAUUAAUAUCACACAUUCCAUUAAAUACUUAAUCCUAAAUGCACAGAUAUCUAGCAGUGUUGUGAUUACUUCUUCGUGUAGGGCUCAGAAGGGAAAAGUCUUGCACAACUAAGAUGUGUUAUAAUACCUUUCGUGUCCACAGUACUGUUUAAUGUACAAUGUGCUUUAUUUUUUGGUCUGAAAGUCCUCCACACAGCAUACAGUUAAACUAUUUAAUUCACUACCACAAUAUGAGUAGUGGCUGCAAACCUGGAUAGUUUUAAAAAAGGAGAUAAGGCAAAUUCUUGGCUACUAGUCAUGAUGGCUGUGUACUGUGUCCAGAAUCAGAGGCGCAAUGCCUCUGAAUAUAAAUUGCUGGGAAACAUGAGUGGGAGAGUGUUGCACUUUGGUCCUCCUUCCAAGUUUCCCAUAUGCAUCUGAUUGGGCACUUUGAGAAUAAUGCUGGACUACAUAGACCUUUGGUCUGAUCCAUCAUGAUUCUUGUUAUGUUGUUAUGAUUUGGUCACAGCAAAUCUUAGUGUUAGAUGAUUAGUAGUUUGACAAGUUGCAGUAGGUGCCCUUUUCAUUCACACAGUGCAGUCCAGAUUUGUCUCCUCUUUGCAGUCAUUGGUGACAUGUUCUCAAAAUGUAAGUGUAGAUUUUUGUAUAAUAUUUAUGGUUGAACGAUCUGCUUGCUAGUUUAAGCUUCAUUUUGAUUGUGUCACUUUCUUCACAGAAUGGGCUUUAGGGAUGAAGCAGCUGCAUAUUUCCAUAAAGCUGUAAAGCUAAAUCCUGACUUUCCAGAUGCAAAAGAGAAUUUUUAUCGUGUUGCCAACUGGGUGGUAGAACGAUGGCACUUCAUCAUGCUUAAUGACGCCAGUAGGAAUUUGCUGUAUCAAAAAGCAAUUGAAAAGGCUGUCUGUUCAGGGUGCAGAAGUGUUCUUGACAUUGGAACAGGAACGGGAAUUCUCAGGUUUGUUGUGAAUUCAGUUAAUGUAAAUGUGUUGAUAUUUUUUUUCUGAAUAUUGUGAAACAGAUAAUAAAUUUGCUUUGCUAGGGGGUUUUCUGUGUGUUGUGUUAACUUAUUUAAUGUGCUCUUCUAAAUUAUGUUGAAAGUGCCCUGUAAUUACUCUGUAACAAAGGGUGGUCUGAAAGGUUAAAUAAAUUAAAAGUCUCCUCAGUCCCAAUUUGAUACAGAGGGCCCAUUUAAGAUUAUUAAAACGUUUUAGUUAAUAUUUGAUUUGAAAAAUGUUAUAUUAAUAUUUUGUCAAAACAAGAAUCUCUGAUGAUUUCUGUUUAAUGUCCUCUAAUGUUUCAGCAUGUUUGCCAAAAAGGCUGGUGCACCUUCCGUCUAUGCGUGUGAGUUAUCGAAGACCAUGUAUGAAUUGGCUUGUGAAGUGCUAGCUGCAAACGAUUUGGAUGGAGAAAUCAAACUAUUUCACAUGAAAUCUCUUGAUAUAGAAAUCCCAAAGCACAUACCUGAAAGGUUACUCUUGUAUUUUGUUGUGACAUCUUACUUAUUUUUCUAACAGAAUUGACAAUUUGCACUGACAAAUUGUAAUCUUGUCUUAUUGUAAUCUUGAUUUAUUUCUAACAGAAUUGACCUCCCACACUGCAGGUGCUAAACAUUUUGUUUUUUUUAUCACACUGUAGAUGGCUACUCUAGCACAGCUAACAGUGGUGGCAAAGCAUAGAAUCAUAUGUUGCAUCCCCAGGACCAAUCGAAAUGUCAUCUCCUUGCUCUGGAAGCUAAUCCUACUUCCUUUGUCAAGAUAGUAGCUGAACAGAAAUGCCUGCAAGGGGUUUUUCCAGAACUGAGGUGUAAUGGGGAAAUAGUUGCCUAUGGCCUGCAAUGCAACAUUCCAAAUAACUGCAGACACUCUCUUCUCUGCCAUUCCACUCCCCCCCUCCCAAAAAAAACCUGAUCAUAAACUUUUCUGGUAUAUUAGAAUAACUAAGAACUGUGAAAGGUAGUUUUAGGGCCAGGAGGUCAGAAAGGAUGCUGGCUUAUCUUAAGCAGAGGUCAAAAACCCAGAAUAAAAUUUGAUUACUCAACACAAGAACAGACUACUGAUUUCACGUUAGUAGAUUUUAAGUCCUGCUUCAGGUUUUAUAAUUUUCUCGCAUUGCUGAUUAUAGUGGCUCUGAACUACUGCUUUCUUUUUAUAACUGUUUAUUUAAUAGAGUUUCCCUGGUUGUCACUGAAACGGUAGAUUCUGGUUUAUUUGGAGAAGGAAUUGUGGAAAGCUUGAUCCACGCUUGGGAGCAUUUGCUUUUACCGCCAAAGGCAAGUAUCUAUGGGUGUCUUAAGGCCUGAUACACUGUAAAAAUGAUUUUGCACUAUGACUGCUACGGAUAGCAAUGAGAUCAAGGCUCUGCAGCCUUGCAAUAAUGUUUUAACAUUUUUCUUUUAUUAGUUCCCAUAAACAGUGAACUAGAAACGUGAAAUGUAAACAUUACUUACACAGGUCUUCCAGAUCACAUAAGAAAGUUUGCUUGCCAGCACUGCAGCUCCCUAGAGUCUAGUAGCAUUGGCAUGGAGACUUCCCAUGCGAUCCAGAAAGCGCACGUGGGAAAGAACGUUUAAGUGUCCUCCCAGUUAAGUGGACCCUUAAGGCUGGGAAAGUCUAUUGCGGUAGACUGUACCAUUCUUUUCAGUACGGAAUGAGAGAUUAGACAAGUGUGUGAGAGAAUUUUUUUAAGAAGUAGUAACCUCAGGCCAACUCUAUAUAUAGAACAUGUUUAAAGUUUUGGGCUGGAUUCAACUAACCCAUUCUGCUAGUGAAAGCCACUGCAAAGACUCCCGCUAGUGCUGUGGGGCUUUCCCCUUCUUCUCCUGGCGCUGUCCACCCCCCACCUCUCCCAUAUCCACUAUGGAGGGUCAGGAGAACUCCCAAAACAGUGCACAGGGAGAGGAGAUGGGCAAUGGUUCCAUCAGGCAAGCAGAAAUGCUUGCACUAACGAAUCCGUCUCCUUAGCACUACAUUGAAUUCCAUACAUUGAAUGUAAUGCGAGGAAAAUGCCAUGAUUUAAGAGUGUGCAGCUGUUGCAAAAUAAAAAUGAAUUAUAGCCACAAUUUAAUUUUUUUAAUGUGUCUUGAAGUUCUAGAUUAAAAACCAACGAGGGCAUGUUUCUUAUCCUUCCGUUCAUAGUACUGGUUACUGUAUUUUUUUAAAAAUGAAAGAUUUCCCCUUCUCAUAGUGAUUAUUUCCUUACCUCAAAAAACUCAUUAAGGGCCUUCCAUUGUAGGAAUUUAUGAGAUGAUGUUACAUAUUACAACAGAAGACAAAAUAGUUACGGUUGUGGAAGAUUAUUCUUCAAUAAAUUUAAUAAAUGGCUGAAAUACUUUCUUUUUUAAAGAACUGAUAUAGAUAUUCUUUCUGAUAUCACUAGUGCUGAAAGUUAUCUAACAUGCUUUUCAAAUAGCCAUAUGUGUUACACCAUAAUAUCUUUAUUUUUAAUUCAAGUCGAAAUGUGUUCUAGAUUGAGGGUUGGCUUGGCAACAAUCUCUCAUUUUGCACAGUGAAUAAAGCAGAUUGAAAAACAAUUAAGACAGACCUUUUUUGCCACUCAGCUGAAAUCCAAAUAUUUAUACAUAACUUGACCCAGCCAAACCCUAACUUAAUCUGUGUACAGUGACUGAACAGUUUAUAUUAAUUUUGUGUUUUAAUUGUAUGUUAAUCUAUUUUUAGCUUAAUGUUAGUUUUAACAGUUUUAAGUGUUUUUAAUGGUUUUUAACUUUUUUAUUGUUAACCACUUACUGGUAGAUAUUGUACGAUUAAGCGGUAUAUAAAUUUAAAGGUACAGUAAUGGAAUAAGUUUUUGUGAAUGGUAGUCUUCUUGUAUAGUUUUGUAACUUUGUAACUUUAUCUAUUUAUCAAUCAGCCCAAUGAUGGCAGAGUUAAUGCUGAAAACUAUGGUAAAGUUAUACCAGCAGGAGCUAUCGUGUGGGGCAUGGCAGUGGAAUGCGGAGAGAUACGCAGACAUCAUAGGUAUGUUUGUGCUGCUGAUAUACAUUGGGAAAGCAUGUUUAAACUUGGACAGGGAAGAGGAAAUGUCUCCCUUUUAAAGAUAAGAUUUUUAUUUUGCUCAUCCUGCUUGUUAGGUUGGAUUCCACAUAAGUGGAAGUAACAAUAACUUUGAGUUUUCUGCACUGAAAUUCAGAAAACUCGAAUCAGCCUUUUGCCAAAACGAAGUUCAUCCCACAUGGAAGAUGUCAACCCAUCUUCAAUUUGGUCAUCAAUUUCCACUUACAUUCUGUUCUUAUAGAAUCCUCUCUUCAUGUGCAAGAGUCCAACAUAAUUUUUAAGGAAGGGAGUAAUUUAUACCUUCAGGGUAUAAAUACUAGAAUGUGGGAAGGCUGUUAGAUUAAUACAAUUUAUUCUAUGCUGUUAGUUUAAUUGACUGUGUUUUUAGAUUGUAUGUUAUUAGCAAAACAACCAUGCCCUUCUUAUGGUUGAAAAGAAAGGGAUAUACAUGUUAAAAUAGAACACAAUCGUUAUGUAUGUCUUUAAGCUCAGCAAAUCUUUUUUGUGAGCCUCUCCUUAAUGUGCCAAGAACCAAUGCUGAGUUCAACACAUCCAAAGUGUUGGUGCUGACCUUUAAAGCCCUAAACGACCUCAGUCCUUCAUACCUGAAGGAGCAUCUCCACCCACAUAGUUCAACCUGGACACUGAGAUCCAGCACCUUCUGGCGGUUCCCUCAUUGCGAGAAGUGAGGUUACAGGGAACCAGGCAGAGGGCCUUCUCGGUAGUGGUACCCGCCCUGUGGAACGCCCUCCCACCAGAUGUCAAGGAAAUAAGCAGCUAUCCUAUUUUUAAAAGACAUCUGAAGGCAGCCCUGUUUAGGGAAGUUUUUAAUAUUUAAUGCCGUAUUGUUUUUAACACUCGAUUGGGAGCUACCCAGAGUGGCUGGGGAAAUUCAACCGGAUGGGCGGGGUAUAAAUAAAUUAUUAUUAUUAUUAUUCAUGAAUUGCAUGAUUUUGUCUUGUCAAACCUAAUUUCUGUCUGUUCCUUUGUUUUCUCAGGGUGGGUGCAAAAGAAAUUGCUGGUGUGUGCUUGCCAGAAACAUUGGAGUUCCACAGUCCAGUGUACGCUUCUGUAAACUCAGAUGAAAGUCUUGAACCUUACACCACUGAAAAACUCAGCAGAGUUCCUGGUGGCUAUACGGCCCUCACAGAACACUUCCAGAUUUUGACAGCCAACUUUAACAACUUGCAGGUAACUUUUGGAAAGCCUGGUGAAUGAAACAUUAUCAAUUGCAAAAGGAUUAAUGCAGAGGUAAAAGAGAGGUUCAUCUGGAUUUUAUUCUGUAUGGUGAGAUGGAGGUGCACAGAAGAUAAAAAUAUGACUGAGGGUAUUCUACAACCCCAGAGUGGGAUUAAGAAAGGACAGAAAGAUGAGACCUGAGAUGGGGAGCCUGUGGCCCUUAAGAAUGUAGUUGAACUUUCAUCAGCCCCAUCUAGCAGAGCCAUUGGUCAUGGAUGUUCAGAGUUGUAGUAUAUCGACAUCUGAAAGGCAAUAGGUUUCCCAUCAGUGGAUUAGGAAGACAGCUUUGCCAUACAGUUCUAUAAACUAUUUCUUUUAGGAGCAGUCAGUAUUGGAUAUUGCAGGCAGCUAUAGUCAUUCUAGAUAGGCUCUGAGCUAGUACCAGUUAAGCCUGAGAGGGUAAUGUGUUUCGUUGGUCAUGCAAGCAUACCUCUUUGAUUUUUGACCCAUGGGAAAAUGUUUGCUAGCAAGAUCUUAAAAUACACCCCCUUGUAUACAGACAAUUAUUGCCAUGCUCUGAAUCAAUAAGUCUGUUUUCACCUUCACUUUAUCUGGCAUCUGAGAUUAAUAGGCAGAGUACAGCAAAGCACUUAGCUGUAUUUUAAUAGAAACUAUAAUGCAGUGAUCUGUGGUAUGUUCCAUCAAGAUUUAAAUACUUAAUAUUAUAUGUUUAAUUUUUUAAUACUUCUGGGCAAAACUGUUGUAUGCUGAUCUUGAGCUGCCAUUGAAUCUUAAAAUAUCAGUGUAUUGCAAAGGAGAAGCAGAUAAAGAGUAAAAAGGCCAUCUUGGGAAAUGUAGAAAAGGGUGGGUACCAGGGAGGGCAGGAGGGCUCCAUUGUUGAACAAUGAAACUUUACUCUGGACUUCAGUGUUCUCUACUUGACAUCUGCAUAUAAAUUUGCUAUUAAUUGGUGGUGGUGAAAACCCCCCACCCUUUGAAAACAAAGAAUUAAAAUAAAUAAUCUCAAGAGUGGUUUAUGUAAGAAAGGAAAGUUUUGGAGCAUGACAUUCUUUUUUAUUUUGGUUUUCCUUACUCCUUGCAACCCACUUAUGACUAGUAUUUGUCUGGGCUCAGCAGGCUAUGAGUCUUCUGGAAAGAAAGGCAUCCCCAUUUAGUGAGAUUUCCAUAUUGGGUACUAAAAUAUGUAAUCAUAAUAUAUCUACUGCCAAAUGUUAGGAAGACUGUACAAUAAUUAUUACUUUUAUAUUUUUCUUUCAUUUAAAAAAGACUUAUUUUUAGCUACCAUUUUCUUAAAACCAUUUACAUUCUGUAUACAGUAUUUUUAGAUUUAAGAUGAAUUAUAAGGCAGUUCGAAUCCCCGCGAUGGGGUGAGCUCCCGUUGUUCAGUCCCAGCUCCUGCCAACCUAGCAGUUCGAAAGCAUGUCAAAGUGCAAGUAAAUAAAUAGGUACUGCUCCGGCAGGAAGGUAAACGGUAUUUCCGUGUGCUGCUCUGGUUCGCCAGAAGCAGCUUAGUCAUGCUGGCCACAUGACCCGGAAGCUGUCUGGGGACAAACGCCGGUUCCCUCGGCCAAUAAAGCAAGAUGAAAGCCGCAACUCCAGAGUCGUCCACGACUGGACUUAACAGUCAGGGGUUCCUUUACCUUUACCUAUAAGGCAGACAGGAAGAAGCCGCAACCCUAGAGUCAUCUACGACUGGACUUAACCGUCAGGGGUUCCUUUACCUUUACCUAUAAGGCAGACAGGAAGACAAUUGGAGGUGCUCAGCCAGCAGUGGGGACUUGACUGAAGAGCAAGAUGUGAUGAUGCCCGUCAAUUUGGAUGGCUUUAAAAAGGGAUCAAUCAAAUUCAUGGCCAUCAAUGGCUCAUAAUCAUUAUGGCUAUAUAUUACAUCCAAUAUUGGAGGCAGUGUGCUAGGAAACUUCAGUAGGAAAAUGCUGUUAUGCCCUUGACCUGCUUCAGAGAUCUGGUUGGCCAUUGGGGAACAGAAUGCUGGAUCAGAUAAGUUUUUAGUGUUAUUCAUCAGGGAUCUUAUGUUCCUAUUCAGAAGGGCUCUUCUAAUGCUCUCCAACAUAUUUUGCUUCUUUUUUACCAUUCUUGGUUAGGAGCUGAAAAGCUUUGCAACUCGUAAGCCAUCCAAGAUCAACAUGCCUGUUAUUAAAGCAGGAAUACUAGAUGCCAUUGUGGUCUGGUUUACAUUACAGCUUGAUGAUGAGCACACACUCUCUACAAGUCCAAGUGAGGACACCUGUUGGGAACAAGCAGUGUACCCCGUACAAGGCCUCCUUGGUAUGUCUUCAGGGUUUUAUUUUUACAAUGACAUUAAAAUGCAUUUUCUUUCUAGGAUAUGUGUCUGGCUUGUUUUGUAUGUUUGAGAUGACAGGUGGGAUUUCUAAUAAGCAAAGACAGUUACUUUUCUUCAUCCUUUGCAGGUAGCAUUCUUAGGAACUAUUUAUCAUACUGAGAAAAGUGAAGGUCCUCAACACUGAAACACUUUAUGGAAAAGUCAUUUCAGUAUAUCUGGGGUGGGGAAACUGAAUUCUGAUGGAAUCCUUACCUUCCCGCACAGGUCAACUUUGAUGGGUGGGUGUCAGAUGCCUGGUGUCAAGGGGCAAUGUCAAAGGGGCUUGCUGUAACAGCCAAUCAACUGCACCUUGAAGUUAAUUUGCAGAGGGAUUCAAACUGUGCCAGCAAAUAGGCAUCUUCCCUCUGCUUAUGAGACAGUCUCUUGUGCAGCUGCUCUCAAUGAGCCCCACAUUAAACAAGUGGAAGCACACUUUAAAUUGAAUUACAUGAUUAAUAAAUCAGUCAAAUUUACUUGAAUGAAAUCCUUAAACAGAAGUGCCAACUGAGACGAUACCAGUCAUGCAUCAUCAGGAUUCCCAAACAAAAAAGGUUUAGCAGAAUAAAUUGAAAGCAAGGACUAGUAAAAUUUGGCAGCAGGGAGUAGGAAUUAGGAGUAAGUGGGGAUGUAAAUAGGGAGCUAUAAAAGUGGCAAACCUCAUUUAUCCUAAGCAAGUUCCUAUAUUUUCACAGUUUAAAACAAAUGCUUACUCAAAGUUAAUCCCACUUAGUUCAGCAGCAUUUCAGGGAGUACUUCCACUGACCUCAGUGGGAAACAUGCUUAGGAACACAUGGUUAAUUUCCAGUUUAAUUUCUAAUAUCUAUAUCUUCAACUAUUUCAGCCUAAAGUCUCAGAAUUUUGACAGACAAUAUGUUUGUAUUUUAAAGUUUAUCUCUGCAUUCAUUAGGGCAAGUGUGUGCUAAUCAUUACUCUGGACACAGGAUAAAGAAAAUUGUGAAGUUUUACAGGAUCAACUUGGCUAAGCAGUUAAUCCAUGUUCCUGUUGAUACCCACUUUCCCCACCACCACCUCCUUUCUAACAUUUUCUCAUAUUUCCUUUCUAUCAUGCAUCACUGACAGAUAGUUCGGGUCAUUUUUAAAUAGAAACUUUGUUUUUACAGCCGCUAACAUUGAUAAAUUUGUGAAAGCUAUAGUCAGUUGUGCUCUGCAUUAAGACAACCAGUGGGCCUCUUUUGCCUCCACUCUAAUAAAAUCUGCUUGGCACGUGUUGCAGCAGCAGAGGCUGAUCAAAGGAGCUGUUAAAGUAGUGCACGUUUUAGGAAGACUAGAACAGUAGUGAAGGCACAGUGAAUAAUGUAUUUCAUUCUUCAUCCUUGUGUGAUUUGAAGAUUACUCUCUGAGAUCUGGGGACUCGGUUACAAUGGAAAUAUCAUGCCAGGACUGCUAUCUAAGGAUCCAGAAGAUUUCUCUUGUGACCUCAGAAUAUGGAAUGGAUGUGGAAAGAAAUUUCAAGGAGAAGAAUAGUGAGGCUGAGCUCUGCAGUGCUCUGGCCAGCCUUCAAACAACAAAUGCACUGGGACAAGAAUGCAUGCUGGAAUCUACUGAGAUUGCUUUACUGAACAAUAGGAGAUACCACGAAUGUUUUAAAGCUGCAAUAGGCAAAGUGCUGUCAUCCUUAAGCCUCCGUGAGCACUCCAUGGAUGUGGACAGCCACAGUAAUGAACUGAAUCUUGAAAAGAACCAAAGCAAGAACUCAGUGACUCCUGAUCCUUUGUAUGUGUUGGACGUAUCAGAGGGCUUUUCAAUUUUGCCAGUAAUUGCAGGCAAAUUUGGGCCAGUUAAGGCCUACAGCUCUGUUGAAAAAGAACAGCACCAAGCAGCUCUCAGCCUGAUUUCAGAAGCUAACAAAUUUCCUAAGGAAACUUUAGAGUUUUGGCUCAACCACCUACAGGAUGAAAACAUGGUAUUACAGAGACCAAAAUCUGACAAGUUAUGGAGUAUUAUAAUUUUGGAUGUCAUAGAGACUUCUGGUCUAAUUCAGCAGGAUGUGAUGGAAAAGGCUGCAAUAUCCAGGUACUGUAUGACAUGAAAUUUUCCUGGACUAUAUUUUACUGUUAUAUUCAUGCAUAAAACCUUAGCCAACGUAAUAUAAUUUGGAAUGAUACUUAGCCAAAAGACUCUUGGAAAACAGUUUGUUCUACAUUGAAUCCAUAUGUGGUCAGAACUUUUCAAAUUAAUGAGGCUGUUGAAGCUUUAUGGGUCAUAGCAAUGUAGUUUCGUGUAAGACUGAGAAUAAACCUAUUUAAAAUUAGGCAUAUAAAAUUAAAAGAAGAUGGAGUUGGCUCUUACUGUUUGGUCAUGCUUCUUUGCAAAAAAACAAGCAUAAACACACCAAAGUAUUUUAAACAGAAUGCUUCUGAUUGAUGGUCUAAAUCUUGAUUUGUUGCAGGAAGCCUGAGGACAGUGUGGAGGGAAUAGUUGUAAAUAGUGCUUUUUUCCCCGGGGGUGUGUGUGUGUGUGUGUGUGUGCAGGAAUAUGCAUACCCCUAAACAUUUUGUGAAUCUAAGUUUGGCCUCAUUGAGGGGCAGUAUUUCAAUAUGAGUAGGAAAGUGAGAGUACCCAUAAACAUUUUUUUUAAUUUUAUUUUUAAAGCACUGGUUGUGAAUGUUAAUACUUUAUAUUUUUUGUAUAGAUGUUUGCUUCACUCCGGAGGGAAGAUAUUCCCACAGCAUGUGAAGAUGUAUGGAAUGCUUGUGGAAUCUAGGUCAUUGCUACUUGAGACCACAGUUCAAGGGACAGAUCCCACCCUCGGUUUCAACAUUGCGCCUUUUAUCAACCAGUUUAAGGUAUGAAAUGUGUUACAUUCAUCUAUAUCCAGUUUAGCAUGCUGUCUCAAAAGAUUAGGGUGCCAGAAAAAAGCUUCAAUGUUUUAUUAAGGCCACAAUCCAGAGAACAGCAGCUCAACCCUGUUUGCCCAGGGGAAGGCCUUUCCCUUUUCUUAAAAAAAUUAAAAUGGAGGUUUGCAGUGUGACAUGGUGAACUGCUGAUCAAAGAAAAACAUCCGUUUCACUGGAUAUGCAGCUGUCAAAUAUUUAUCAAAGCCUAAUUCAUUUCUUCAUGUAAUGCUUUGCAAGUAGUUUUCACUAUUUUACAGUAACAAUAAGGACAUCUGAUUUAAGACUUGGAAGAACCAGCAUUUAUUGAAAGCAGGGGAACUGUUAAUUCCAAUAGUUUGGUGCAGAGCAAAACUGAUGACCAGCAUUUGCAAGGAAUAUGUUAAGAAAGUAGGGCUAUUUGAGCUAUCCUGAUGCUGUGGAACAGACAUCCUUUUGCCUAAAGUGGGACAAGACCUAGAAAUAUAUGCCCUGGCAACAGAACUGGUCACUUGCCAAAGACAUACCACAGCUUUUUGAAAAGGCAUUACAAUGAUACAAUACUCAAAACAUGGUAUAUUCCAUUUCAGGUGCCUGUCCGUGUUUUUUUGGAUAUGUCCACACUUCCACACACACCUUUGAGCAAAUCAGUGGAACUUCUGCGAGUGGAUCUCAUGAAUCCGUACUUGAAUUGCUCUAGUAGAGAAGUUAAGGUAAAUAUAGGAGAUGGUAGAUAAUGCAUUCUUUAGUUUAUUACUCUGUCAUUCUUUAGUGUCAAUCUUGCAUUUAUGGAAUUGCACAAGUAACUGAGAUGUUCUGUGCUUGAUACUUUUGAUAUUAGUACUUCCCUAAAACAUUACCCCCUUUUAAAGCAGAAAAUCACAUUAGAGGAAGAAAUCAUACCAUUUCUAUUCUUGUUCAUUUGGUUCUGGUUUGUGUGGAGUUUACUGCCUGCAGUUAGAAUUAAGUCUUAUUGCAUUCUAGCUGGGAUACCAAUUACCAAAUGAACAUGGGCCAUUCAUCUUCUCAAGAGAAAUUAUGGUGGGCAGUGUAUCUGAAACCUAGAGAUACACUGGGAUUGUACUAUGCAGAGAGCUAACAUUUUGCCCUCCACCUUCCAUCACUCCUAGACAAUAUGGGCACUAGUCAGGGAUGGGAGUAGUCAUUUAAAACAUAUUGGAAGCACCAGAGCGGCUAACCCUAUCUUCCCUAGCCCUCUCGUAAAACUGAUACACAAAAUCACUGAAGAUAAACUCUUGGGUGUCCGAAAAAGCAUGAUGCAAAUUGGCAAUAGAGAAAUCUUCCUCAAGCAAGCUUGAAUUUAAAGAAUACAAAUUUUUGUUGUUGUUGUAUUGUGGGAAGAAAGUUGAUUGCUAUAUAGUAACAUAAAAUCUUACUUUUGUAGGUUGAAGUUUGUAAAGCAGGUCACGUGACUGGUAUUCCAUUUUGGUAUCACGUGUACCUCGAUGAAGACACUGUUUUAGAUACAUCAAGCAAGUCAUCCCACUGGAAACAAGCUGCUAUUGUGUUAGAUAAGCCCAUUCAAGUUCAAGCAGGAGAUGAACUUGUGCUCAAUGUUCAGUAUCACAACAGUAACGUUAGCAUUACAGUAAAACAGUGAACUGCCAUCAGCUACAGUGUUUUUACUGUUUUAAAAAGCCUACAGUAGCUUAGUUAUUUAUACUUAAGUUAAUCAUGUCUUAGGGUCACACUUUUGAGUCUGUUUGAAGGUCUAAAUAUCGACUGAACUAUUGUGAAAUUCAGCACAACUGUUUAGCAAUAAAGCCAUGGACCAUAAAGAGUGGAGAAAGCAUGCAUUUCUGCCUAGAAGUCUGUGUAAGAUGUCUACAAUGCUGAAUAACUUAAUAUUUGUAUUCUUACUUGCCUUUUGGAGAACUAUAUGAAUUUGAGUAUAAAAAGUAAAAAGAAAUGGAAUGCCACAACAUGCCUGUUCACAUCUCACUUUGAAGGUUAAUAGAGUAAAAAUGAAUUUGCUGAGGAGUACCAGUAUUGUACAGAUAGACUACUCAUACACUUCCAUAGAAAAACAGAUUUUUCAGUUACAGAAACAAGUAGUGUCUUGAGAGGUGGUAGUGGUGAGAACCUUUUUGUUAUAAAUGCCUAAACAUGAAUUGCAACAUGCUAAACAUUUUUUUGUGAAAACUAGCAGAUAACAGAUCCAGUAACACUAGUUUCAGGAAGGAUGAAAAAUCCUUAAUGGGUAAGAAAAAUAUUUUAGGUAUGGUUUGGCUGUAUCUAAUUGUGAUCUAGAAGACAAACAGCU